UCAUCAAGUGUGAAUAAUACUCGGUUUAAAAACGACUUAUCACAACGAAUGUACCCCCCCUUUUCAAAAGCGAAUUUCCAGCAAGUCAAGCCGUCCAGAUAUUUAUAACCUCUCUUCGUUAAAAAAACGUUUCUUUAUCAAAUGCAACCCGUAGAUUAAAGUGAUCGGUCGGUUUAUUAAUAUUAUGUUUAAUAAAAGUUGAAGUAAUAAUUUAUUUUAAAAUUAAGUAUUCUUAAUUUAAUUGAAUAGGAUUAAGUGGUUUAAAUUGAUUUUAAUAGAGUGAAAGAAAGGUUUUGAAAAAUGUCAGAACAGGAUGGUUUGCGUAUGAGGCGAGCACAAAGUGUGGGUAGGGCUGAAGAUAUUCAAACUGAAGAACAAAAGUUGAGAAAAGCUCAACCAGAUAAACCAUGCCACAAACCACGGGAUUCAUUAUUUUCGUGGACUUCCGGUUUCAACAACUUCGCCGGUUUUGUAAAUUGGGGAUUUCUACUACUUUCAAUAGGUGGAUUACGACUUUUGUUAGAAAAUUUUAUUAAAUACGGAAUUCGAGUUGAUCCAAUACAAUGGUUUUACGUUUUAAGUGGCAAAGGGGGAACUACAGACGAUCAUCCAAGUCUUAUACUUCUUUUAUACACAUGUAUACCUUGUCUAAUUUGUCUUGUUUUGGAAAAAGGUUUAGCUGCUGAAAUUAUUCCUCAAGGUGCUGGAAUUAUUGCGCAGGUCAUCAAUUUAUUGGUACUUGUUUUAAUUCCGAUUGUUGCCAUUAAUACAAGAGAUGGAUUUAGCUUAAUUGGUGCUUCAACUGUAAGUUUUACGUACUCAAUUCUUUUCCUGAAAUUAUGGUCGUAUGUUCAAGUAAACAUGUGGUGUAGAACAAAACAAAAAAGUAAAUCAGGAAAUAUGAAAAGACAAACUCAUUCUUUAAGCAACAUUAGAGAUACAGAUCAAAAAAAUGGUCAUCUCUACGACGACACCGAUCACUCUGAAUUAAAUAACAGCAUAGUCCAUUACCCGGAUAAUUUAAAUAUAAAAGACCUCGUUUACUAUUUAUGCGCCCCAACUCUUUGUUAUGAAUUAAAUUUUCCACGCACCGACCGCAUUCGUAAACGAUUUCUUCUAAAAAGAAUGCUAGAAGUUAUAAUUGGGUUACAAAUAAUGUUUGCUAUUAUCCAACAAUACGUUGUACCGUCCGUUAAAAACUCGUUGAUUCCAUUUAGUAAUAUGGACGUAACUUUAGCAACUGAGAGGUUACUAAAACUAGCGAUACCAAAUCAUUUAAUGUGGCUGUGCAUGUUUUACAUCGUUUUUCAUUCCUUUUAUAAUUUAAUCGGCGAAGUUUUACAAUUUGCCGAUAGAAAUUUUUAUUGUGAUUGGUGGAACGCAAAUAACAUCGAUACAUUUUGGCGUACUUGGAAUAUGCCGGUUCACCGCUGGGCGGUUCGUCACUUGUAUAUUCCGGUUGUUGAAAUGGGAUACGGGAGACACGUCGCGAGUGUUAUCGUCUUCUUUGUUAGUGCCUUUUUCCAUGAAUAUUUAGUAAGCGUACCGUUAAAAACGUUCAAAAUCUGGGCUUUCUUAGGAAUGAUGUCUCAAGUGCCUUUAUCAUUCGUUUCGCGAUUUAUGGAACAAAAAGUUGGACCCAGGUGGGGUAACGUUGUCGUUUGGGGAUCACUUAUUUUAGGACAACCACUUUGCAUUAUGAUUUAUUAUCACGAUUAUGUGAUUACUCAUUAUGGUCAAGCUUUAAUGGAAGAGUACAGUCACGUUUAAGAAAAAAAUAGGGAAUAUAAUUCUAGUUUAUUUUAUAUUGUUAUAUUAAUACUUAAAUUUACCCAAAAAUAAAUAGGAGUAUUUCAUACGUAAUUUACAAAUUGUUACCAAUAUUAAAGAAAGGCUGUUUUUUAAUGAUA